GUAUAUUUACCUUAUAAUAGCAAACAGAUCCCCGGUUUUUGCUUAUUUUGAUUCAUUUUUCUCAAUUAUACCUAAAUACCCUAAAUACCCUCAAAUUGUCCUCAAAUUGACCUCCUACGAACCAAGUAGCAGUUGGAGUUAACCUCGCUGUCGCUCGCUCACCCACAGCAACAGACGACAGACGACGUGUGUACAAAUGUCGCAAAUGUCGUGAUCUCCCAACCUCACCACCUACCUACAUACAAUCCACCCACCAAAGGCUCUACAACCACUCUACCCGCAACAAUGAACUGCCCCUCUCGCACCGACGACACAGACGGCCGCGAAGGUUGGAACCAGAGCCCCAACCUGCUCGCUGGCACCACACGUGCCGACUUCAACGGCCGCACAAACGCCACUGCGCGCCGCUCUUUAGAUCCGGACGUUCCAGGAGAGGAUGUUCCUAUAGCUCAGUCCCUGGUCGACACACCGCCGCCCGAGAAGGGGGGAUUGGGGAAGAAAGGGCCGGUCGUAGGGGAGAAAGGUGAUCUGACGCAUCACGUGACGACUGGCGGCGGUGAUGGUGGAGGAGGAGGAGAUGGAGAAGGGGGAAUUCAUAGGAGGAAGAGGUUCUAUGAGAAGGCUGGGAGGAUGUUUAUGAAAUACGCCAGUUUCAUCGGGCCUGGGUUUAUGAUAUCCGUCGCCUACAUUGAUCCGGGUAACUAUUCAACAGCUGUGGCAGCAGGCGCGAGCUACGAGUUCCGGCUGUUGUUCAUUGUGCUGCUGGCGAAUAUCAUUGCGAUCUUCCUGCAGUCGCUGUGUAUUAAGCUGGGGACGGUGUCGGGGAUGGAUUUGGCACAGAUGUGUCGUGCGCAUUUGCCAUGGUGGCUGAAUAUAUUUCUUUAUGUGUUGGCAGAGGGAGCAAUUAUUGCUACGGAUAUUGCAGAGGUCAUUGGCACUGCAAUAGCCAUCAACCUCCUCAUCCCCCAGAUCCCCCUCGUCGCAGGAUGUGCCAUCUCUAUUGUGGAUGUCAUGCUUAUCCUCAUCUUCUACCGGCCAAGCGGUUCCCUCAAGGGCCUGCGCGCAUUCGAGUUCUUCGUCAUGGCUCUCGUCCUCGCCGUCGUCAUCUGCUUCUGUAUCCAACUCUCCCUCAUCAAGGAUACCUCCGUCGGCUCCGUCUUCCGCGGCUACCUGCCAUCCAAGGAGCUCGUCGAGUCGCAAGCCAUUUACCAAGCCUGCGGCAUCCUCGGCGCAACAGUCAUGCCUCACUCCCUCUACCUAGGCUCCGGCAUCGUCCAACCCCGCCUCUACGCCUACGACGUAAAACACAAACACUACACCCCCACCCCCCCCACCAGCGCCACCUCCUCCUCCUCCGCCCUCCCCUCCAAAAACCCCUACCACCCCUCCCUCCCCGCCAUCCGCUCCUCCCUCAAGUACUCCAUCACCGAACUCACCAUCUCUCUCCUCACAUUCGCCCUCUUCGUCAACUCGGCCCUCCUCAUCCUCGCCGGCUCCUCCCUCCCCGCCUCCACAACCGACGCCUCCCUCUUCGCCAUCCACGCCCUCCUCACCUCCACCAUCGCCCCCGCAGCUGGAACAAUCUUCGCCCUCGCCCUCCUCCUCUCCGGCAUCUCCGCCGGCAUCGUCUGCACCAUCGCCGGCCAAAUGGUGUCUGAAGGCGCCCUUCGCUGGACCGCCGCGCCCUGGCUCCGCCGCCUAAUCACCCGCUCAAUCAGCAUCACGCCGAGCAUCAUCAUCGCCGCUGCAGUAGGCAAGGAUGGCCUCACCGCCGCCCUGAACGGAAGCCAAGUCGCCCUCUCCGUCGCCCUCCCCUUCGUCUCAGCACCACUCAUCUACUUCACCUGCCGUAGCCGCUACAUGACCGUGCGGCCGCCGCGGCCGGUCGAGCCGCACGCCGAUGAUGACAGUGAUGACGAAGCCGAGGUGGUGGAAGGUACGACUACUGCUGGGGAAGGAACUAUGGGGGGUGGUGCGAGUGUUAAAACGGAAGGAGCGACCACAGCCGUACCUGCCGUUACGACGACGCUACCGCCGGCGGGUGGUAGCGAGGCGAAGACUAAUUCUGCGCCGCGUGAUAGAGAGCCACGAAGUGAUGUGGCGGAUGUGGUUGAAGGGGCACGCGUCGUGGCCUCGCUGGACGAGGAUGCGAAUGCUGGGGUGGUGAAUUUCAAGAAUGGGUGGGUGACGGCGGUGUUUGCGGUGUUGGUGUGGUUGUUUAUUACGGUUAUGAAUGUGGCGAAUUUGGUGUUGUUGGGGAUUAGUAAGGGGGAGUGAGGGGGAGAGGGAGUGAGUUUGAAGAUGGCAUCGUGUUGGUGAUGUGUCACGAGCUGUGGAAGGUGAUGGAUUGUUUACGUGUGUUGGGCUUGGGAUGGAAGGUAGUUUAGGUGGGAAAAUAGUCAAUUUGAUCAUGCUUUACGAUUU